AUGUCCGCCGCUGGCACCACCACCACCGCCGCUCAGCAAGAGCCGGGGCGAGAACGGCGAGAGAGAGCGCUGCGGCUGCCGCAACAGCGACCGAGCGGCGACGGCGGCGGCGAUAGCUCCACCGGCCCCGAAGGCAACGACAACGACGACUACGACGACGAUUGCCGCGAUGGUGGCCGAAGUGACGAGAGCACCCAGUUCGGCGGCGCCAGCGCGGAGUGGAGCGAUACGGCCAGCGACGCCAGCGACGCCAGCGUUUGCGGAGGAGACGGUGGGGGUGGGGGUGGGGGUGGGGGUGGGGGCGACGCGAUUUCGUCUUCUCCCGACGCCAACGGGAGCAGCAGCAGCUGCUGCCGCUCGGGGCGAUCGAGCAGAACCGGGGAUGUUGCAAGACGGAGAAGAAAACCAAAGGCGAUAGCAGCAACGCAUACCGACCCCGGGUACAACGACAACGCCGCUGCAGCUGCGCGAAUGCGGGAAAGGCGACGACGGAGGCGGGGGGUAGGAGAGGAAGGGGCAGCAGAGGGAGGAAGCCGCUCGAACGAAGGGGACGGGUCGGACGCCGGAUACGCGCAAGACGUCGACUCGACGACGUCGCCGUCGGACAGCGACAACGACAGCGACAACGACGGCAGCGGCAGCAGCAGCAGCGAUGGCGACGCCGACGCCGACGCCGACGACCCGCUGGAGCCGAUCCCGGGAGAGGUCAAGCUCGUCCCCAGCAUGUUCCCCGACCGGUCACCGACGGUUUUCUUCGAGUACCCCAAGGAGCUCGGCAUGGCCCGCUUCAACAACGUCUACUUCUCGGAGCCGCUGGGGUCGAGGCGGCUGCUGUUCAAGUGCCACUGGGAGCGGAACAGCGUCAAGAACGCCUUCUUCCGCGCGGGGUUCUCGCGUACCAGGAGCACCAUGUCGUGGACCGCCUCCUGGGGCAAGCACCCAACGCGGGAAGGGUUCAGGAACCUGAACCGUUUCCAGAAAAUCAAUCACUUCCCGGGGUCCUGGUGCAUCGGCCGAAAGGACAGGCUGAUGCGCACCCUGGCGAGGCACAAGCGGGAGAUGAACGGCGCGGCGGCGGCAGCGGCGGUGGCAGCGGCGGCAACAGCGCCAGCGUCUGGGGGUGUUCAAAAAGGUGGUGGCAGCGUGGGCGGGGGCGGGGGAGGGGGGGGUUCCCGGUCGGGGGGGGGGGGUGCGGCGGAGGGGCCGGCUGCCGGAAGCUUGGUGGAUAUCACCCCAGACGGUUUCGUGCUGCCGGGGGAUAGACGAGCGUGGCUCAAGGCGGUGGAGGCGGAGCCGCGGGCGAUCUGGAUCGUCAAGCCCCCGGCCAGCAGCUGCGGGCGAGGGAUCCGCGUGAUCAACAAGGGCGGCGUGGGCGGCGUCAGCAAGUCCAAGAAAGGCCUCGUACAGGAGGGGCUGGUUCGGUUCUCGACGAAGCGUUACAGCCUCAGAAACCUCCGCUCGCGCUUCACCCACCUCACCAACUACUCCAUCAACAAGAAGUCCGGGUCUUUCCAGGGGCCGGACAAUUCUGACGGCCAAGAAGCGAAGGAGUCCACUACGGCGAGCAAGUGGGCCCUGACGUUCUUCUGGAAGUACCUCGAGAAGGCUCUGGGCAAGAGGAAGUCCGACGAGGUUCAGCGGUCGAUAGAGGACGUGGUGCUGCGAACGAUGGUUGCCGCCGACGGUGACAUGACGACCCACUCGCACCAGUUUACUCGGCAUCGGGGGUGCUGCUAUGAGCUCUUCGGCUUCGACGUUCUCCUCGAUGAGGUGCUCAAGCCGUGGCUGCUCGAGGUCAACAUCUCCCCAAGCCUGUUUGGGUCCAGCGCGCUCGACCGGCGAAUCAAGGGCACGCUGAUGGCCGACAUCUUCCACCUCGUCGGCUUCCGUCCGUUCGACCGCAUGGCCCUGAGGAGAGAGGAGCGGAGGGAGGCCAAGCACAUUCCGGGGACGAGGCGAGCCGUCCGGGCCGUGGCGGGCAGGCCUCAGGAUGCUUGGAGGCGGUGCCAGACCCCGGCCAGCAUCAACCUCGGAGAGCUGGGGGAGGAGGAGUGGGAAGUCAUUCGUGACACCGAGGACGAGCAGCACCGGGCCGGCCACUUCCGCGUCCUCUACCCCACGGCAGAGAACGUGACCCGCCUGUGGCCCAUAUUCCGGAGCCCCCGCUUCCUAAACGGCGUGCUCGCCCGCUGGGUCUUGACCGGAGGCCUCACGAACCCCACGAACCGCCAGGACAUCGGACUGAUCGCUGAGCGCCUGGCCACCCUAGCCAAGUCUCAAGGAGGGAAAGGCUUGAGUAGUACCGGCAGCGGCGUGAUCGCCGGCGGCGGCAGCAAGGGCCCCAAGGGGAAGGGCCGCGGCCUGUGGGAAGAGACCAAUUCCAACGCGACAACGGUCGUGGCUACGAGGGGCGGCGGCGUCGCGAGGCUAGGCGAUGAGCUCCCGGGGUCGUCGCCUUGGUCGGGGUCGGGCGGCGAGCGGCCGGCAUCGUCGGCGACCUCGCGAGCGUCUCGGCCUUCCGCGGCCCGGCGUCCGCCAUGUAGAGCCUCCGCAGCGGCGGUGCCGUCGACAGCGGCGACAGCGAAGGUGGCGGCGGCGGCGGCGGCGGCGGCGGGGGGGACGCAGCAGCAGAUGCACCGGCAGCAGCAUGGCAGUAGUCAACAUCUCUCGUCCGAGGGACGAGGUGGUGGGGGCCGCGUCGACGGCAGAAGGGCCGACAAGGUGGCGGCAGCCCCCGGCGGCGGCCGCGGCGCGGUGGCGGGUCACAACGUUGUCGGUGGCGCGGAAAGACCGUCUCGAGUGGUGCCGCGGCUGCAGCUGCGCCGCGCCGAGAGCAGGCUCGCCCUCGCGCCUUCCUUGCUCACCCUGCGCACGCCCGUCGUGCUGUCGUCGUCGUCGCGAAGGGGUGGGGGAGCCGCCGCCCUGAGCGGUAGCGGCAGCCGGGAAGGGGGAUCGGACGCCGCCCCGAGAAGAAGGAGGGCUUCCUCGGCGUCAAGCUCCCGGCCGCCGUCCACCCACCGGCUGGAUGGAAGUGGCACCAAGGAGGUGGCGACGGCGGUGGCUGGGAACGGGGAUGAUCCGUUCGCGACAGGCCUAGUGUCGUUCCGUUACGCGGGUGCCACGUCGUCGACGGACGGUCCUGCGUCGUUUCGAUCCUUCUCGGGAGCGUCUCUCCGGUGUCGCGCUGUCUCGCUCGCCGAUUCGCGCCAGCAGGGUGCGAGCGGCAGGAUCGUCGAUAGCAUGGCGAGCGUUACCAACGGCGGCGCGCCGCCCUCGGACGCGGAGCCGGCGAGAGGCGGAGGGGCUCGCGAGAGCACGAACGCGGGGGCGUUGACGACGAGGGAAGAGCUUUUUCCCGGCGCGGCUGCGGCGAGCGGGCGUGGUCUCAGUGUCGCAGAUUGCGUCCGGCCUUGA